ACGCGAGGAGUGAAGUGAGUUUAAGGAGAGAGUUUUAAUAGUGGAAAUAAUAUGAAGGUUUUUAUUUUAUUAUUAUCCUUGGUGGGUGUGGUUUUGGGGGGGGCGGCGGAUUCUCGGGGGCUGUUUGAUAACCAAGGUGUUUUCGGAGCGAUUAAAUCAUUUUUUACCACUCCGCAAGUUUCCAAAGACAAUGGGGGGACCACAGGGGGGCUGCCCCCUAAAUACCUUAAUUUAAACAGGGUCCCCAAACCCCCGAAAUACCCUUUAUACGAUUUGGACACCAUUUCCCUGGCAACGCCGCCCCCAGCGCCCGUGAUGCACCCAAUGUCGUCGUUGCCUAGUGACCAGUUUAAUGAUAAUUCGGCGAGGUCAGAAAUCGUGACGACGAAUAAUCGUUUCCAUGACAACAAUAGACCCAAUAGGAGGAGGGGGCAGGAGACGGCGCACCCACCUCCACCGAGGAAUAUCCAAAGGAGGAAGCAGUACAGGAGACCCAUGAAGAAUCAGAAAAAUAACCAUGGUAACCAUGGAAAUAAUCAUAAUCAUCAAAAACCCCCCACGAAACAGACCCCCCCAAAAAAAGACGAGUAUUUCUCACAUCCCAUGGCGACGAAUUUGGAGCCGGUGAAAACGUCCCCAGCGUUGGGGCGUCCUUUGGGGUUCGAUGAGUACAUGCAGAGGCCCAGUAAUUCUUUCGUCAAUGAUCCAUGGAACUUUGACCCAUUUGCCAACCAAAUGAACGCCGGCCUGCACACCUCCGGCCUGAAAUACAAUUACGAUCCCCUGGGAACCAACAACGACAACAACAUUGACAUGAGCCACUUGAACCCCGAAAAACUAAGUUUCCUUGGCGACAGUUUCAUCAAAGAUGGAAAUUUAAAUAAAAAUUACGUCAAUGUUUACGAUGGAAAUAAUUUUAAUAAUAACCAGAAUAGUAACCAUGGAAAUAAUUUCAAUAAUAAUAACCAUGGAAAUAAUUACAAUACCCAUGGAAACGGCCAACAACAAAAUUUCCAUGACUCCUCCCCCUCGCAAUCCAUCCAAUACCCUCAGAAAUUACUGCCCAAUCAGAAAAUUGAAUUCACAAUUGAAACCUCCCCCGAUGGAAUCAACAUAGAAUCCGUCCAGCCAAUGUCCACCCCCCACCUCACGGACCAAUACUCCCCCCACUCUGCCCCCCUCGGCCCCUCGGGUUACACCCCCCAACAGCAAAAUUACCAACACGACUCCAACACGCCCAUCGACAUUUUACCACCAAUAAAUUCACCAUCCUCCAGUUUUUAUUAAUUUAUUUCCAUAGCAACUCUUAAUUUAUCCUAUAUUUAUGUUUCUAUAACGACAGUAAUAAAAAAAUAUAUCCAUGGCAACUCA